AUGAGGUGGUUUGGCCCCUUGUUGCUGAUCUGGCUGUCAUGCUACUGCUGCAUGAAUGUGGCAGCAGGGAAUGGACUGCUAGAACUGCUAUCCAACUUGCCCCAGUGCCCGAGGUCUUGCCUCGGUGAUAGCGUUUCCAACUGCGUUUCCCAGAACGCCACAUGUGUGUGUGCAGAUGAGUCGUUCUUGACAGCAAUCAAAUUGUGCAUUUCUCAAAGAUGUACAAUUAAAGAAGCCUUAACGACGCAAAACGCGACCAACGUUUAUUGCGGCGUACCAGUCCGCGAUAAGACCCAGCUUAUGAUCAAUGUGACGAUCAUCCUUAGCAUACUUUCUGGGUUCUUCAUGCUCCUCCGACUCGGAUCAAGACUAUUCGUCACCGACUCUAACUUUGGCCUCGACGACACCUUCAUCCUACUGACCCUCCUCUGCGCAAUCCCAGCAACCGCAAUAAAUAUCCACGGCACCGCCAGCCACGGCGAGGGGAAGGACAUCUGGACCCUUGAUUUCGAUGAUAUUACCCAAUUUGGUGUCUAUUUUUAUAUUUUAAAUGUCUUGUAUUUUGCCCAAGUUUCUCUUCUCAAGAUGUCGUUACUGUUCUUAUAUUUACGGAUCUUCCAAGGACCUAUGCAGAAACUGCUCUGGUGUACCGUCACUUCGAAUGCAGUGUUUGGCAUCGUUUUCAUAUUCCUGGCGAUAUUUCAGUGUUCACCAAUUAGCUAUUCCUGGACAGGUUGGGAUGGAGAGCAUGAAGGGUCAUGCCUUGACAUAAAUGCUAUCGCCUGGGCAAACGCAGCAAUUAGUAUCGCGUUAGAUAUAUGGAUGUUGGCGAUCCCGCUGCAGAGGCUGUGGAGUUUGCACAUGCACUGGAAGAAAAAGACUGGCGUCACGGCCAUGUUAAUCGUUGGUACUUUUGUCAUGGUGGUGAGCGUCAUUCGGCUACAGUACCUCGUUAACCUGGGAUCUUCUAAUAGUCCUACGUAUGACCACACUGAUAUCUCUAUCUGGUCUACGGUCGAGAUCCACGUCGGCAUCAUUUGUGCAUCGAUGCCAGCUGUACGCAUGUUGCUGGUGAGGCUUUCCCCUAUAUUUAGCGACUCAUCCUAUGACUUGAACGACUACCAGAGUAAUGGCGAUAUGUAUGGGCGCAAGUCCAGGACAAUUAGUCGAGAUCACGUCCUUGUGGAACUCCCCUCGCGCGGGGAGUCAAUGCCAAGACCAGAGCAUGGGGGAAUUGAGCUAAAGCGCACCUUCGAUGUACAGUAUAGUGAUGGAGAUGAGAGACGUCUUGUGGGUUUGAGCGAAUUUGAAAACAAGGGACACGGUGGAAGUAUUGGUCGUGGCACAAGCGAGGAAUCGCUGUGA